GCGAGUUUCCUUGCAGCAGCAUCGGGACUAUUUAGCCGUAGUGUCCAUCAGCCUUGCUUUUGUCAGCAAUCAUAUGCGUAAUAGCCCAUAUCCACUGCUUGGUUCACAGUGGUUUGGCCUGGACGUCAACGUGUAUUUUCUGCGCACAGUCAGAAACUGUCGCUGUGUCGCUCGUCUUGAGGGAAAACGAGCAAUUUGUGGCGCUGCGCGGAUGCAUGAAACGGAGACGGAGAGAAGCCUGGAAUAAUGCGUGAUUAAGGAUAUCCCCGAUUGCUUGCCGUUAUUUUGAGGCUGGACCAGAAAACAAACUGAAGGGAUUGACAAAGACCAUCUUCCAAAAAAGUGAAGGAAUAUCAUGCAUUUGUCACCCAUCAGCAGCUGAAGAAGAUCUCGAUAACCAGAGGCCAUGGAGGACCCCUACAAGGACAGCAUUCCUGUGGACAUGGGGAGCACGCAAGGCGAGAUAUGCUCCACUGGAGGAACCGUAGGAGAGGGCAUUGGUAAAUUAGAGGACGAGGGGAAUACGGUAAUUUCUACCGAGGCAUGGAAUGUUAACUCACCGACCUUGACCAAGAGGUCCCUCUCGCCAAUGUUGGGUGUCCCUGGCACGACGCCUGUUGUAACUCAGACAGCCGACUCGCCAGGAGGGGUCGCUCUCAAAAUGGCCACCACGGUUCUUCAGCCCAUCUGCCUGGGGGACAGUCCAAUGAUGUUGCCCAUCCUGGCAGGCACGGCUGGCCCGCAGGUGGCACAACCUGGCACAGCGCCAUACUUGGUCACCGCCCAAGGUCCCGUCUCCCUGCCUCUGGUGCUGGAGCAGCAGCUCUUCCAGCACCUAACGCCUCAGCUCCUGCAGCAGGCAGGCUGUCCUACCCUCUCCUUACCAAACAACAUCUUGUGCCAGAAUGCCUCGUUGGCACUUGCGCCACCCCCACCAUUGGAUCAGAAAGGAGCAGCUCCCAUGUUGGACCAGAGCUUGCUCACCCUUCUGCAGAACCCCAACUUUGCUGCUAUCCUGCAGGACCUUUUCCCUUCCCAGGCGAACCCUUCGCCCAACUGUCAUUCUGCUGGUUCCCCCCAGCCGGACCCUUUCUCGACUGGAUUCUUUCCACCACCACCCCUUUCCCACCCCUACAGCUCCCCACUAGCUCCCCUGGUGCCUCCACCCACCCUGCUGGUCCCCUAUCCCAUCGUUGUCCCUCUACCAGUGCCUCUUCCUAUCCCAAUUCCCAUCCCUAUCCCCGUCCCGCAGCAGGCAGAGGACUCCAAAGUGGCCCCAGACCCCCCAAAGCCUGUCUGUACUUUGAGCCAGGGUACGCAGACAUCGACAAAAGAUUUUGCCCUUAGCAUGCCAUCGCCUAGUGUUGAGACUGGCCCAUCCAUGCACCUGUCUCCUUUGCCAUCUUGUCUUUCUGUGCCAGAGGGAGAGGUUCUGGACCUGUCGAUCCGGGCACCUCCCGUACAGACAAAACAGGAAGUGCCAUGCCAACAAGACAGUGUCCUUGACCUGUCCAUUGGUGGCGUUAGAAAGACCUGUAUCCAGUCCUGCAGUUCCAACGGGAGCAUGGAAGGUGUGAGAGAUCGUUCCCGUCACUUGGGCGAGGACAUGGGUGCGGGAGCUAUAUCUUUGGGAGUGUUGCGGCCAGUGGAGUGCUCUCCCAAGCUGGACUCAAAGCUCCUCAGUGGCCUAGCGUCCUUAGAGUUUAGCCGGCAGCACAAGUGGGUUGUGGAUAGCGCCGGCAGUAGCUCGAUGGCCGGUACGGUCCACGACGGAGCACUUGGUGCAGGGGGGAACAUAGAGAUUGUCAGCACUUCACAGACAGCCAAGGUCAUUGUGUCCGUCAAGGACGCCAUGCCGGCCAUCUUCUGUGGCAAACUGAAGGGUCUCUCGGGCGUCUCCACCAAAAACUUCUCCAUCAAGCGGGAUGCCGGCCAGGGCGGCUAUGCCGCUUUGCCCAGGACGCCGGGGGACCAGCGGGGCAGCGACUCCAACGACCCACUCAAAAAAAUGUCGAAGAACAGAUCCAUCAAACUGAAAAAGGUCAGCUCCCAGGAGAUCCACAUUCUCCCAAUAAAGAAACAGCGUCUGGCAGCCUUUCUCCCCAGGAAGUGAGCGCAUGGCACCAGUAGGUGCUGAGAGAGGGAGAGCAGUGUAGCAUUUUUGGAUUUCGCAGACACUCGUGACAGCCUUGGAGGGUCCGAACACGAACCAGGCUCUGGGACGCCCUCCAACCUGUCCAAACAAUUCAGGCCAGUCCAAGCAGUCUUUGGUACACAAGACAGGCACUUGACCCUUUUCUGUAUAACGUAAUCAGUUGCAUGAUUAGAGGGGCUGAGUCGACAACACAGAGAAUGCAUCAAAGGCAAAAAGACACCCGGAAAGGGAAGUUGUGACAGCAGCCAAAUGUCACACUGCUGUACGAUUCACUCGAGGUCUCUUCCUGAAGCAUGUGCCUAACAAGCAUUUUCAUUUCGGUCACAUGUAUCCAUGAAUCAUUCAUGAGGCUUAUCCCAGAGUUUAAUCAGACAUUAAUAUUCAUGUGGCUCCGUGCUGAAACUCAGCCAGCUGCCUCGAGCCACCAGCGGUGAAUUCCUCCAACACCCCCAAACACACAACAUCUGAUAUCGCUGUAUCGAGGGAAAAUCCAUAUCACAUGUCUGUUUAAGUCACAGUGAGUGUGUUAUGAUCUAAAUAUCCAUAUAAUUUUACCUUAUGUGGUUUUAUUUUUUAUUGUGCUUAGGAAAUGUGUGUGUGUGUGUGUGUAUGUGUGUGUGUGUGUGUGUGUGUGUGUGUGUGUGUGUGUGUGUGUGUGUGUGUGUGUGUGUGUGUGUGUGUGUGUGUGUGUGUGUGUGUGUGUGUGUGUGUGUGUGUGUGUGUGUGUGUGUGUGUGUUGGGGGAGGGGAGGAUGUGGCCUUUAAACUUCACCCAUGGUGGGAGAUCGCCGUAUUAAUCAGUAGCUCAGUCAACCGGAGCAUCUUCUUUGAUGCAGAGCGGGCUUAGCAUGGCAGGCUAAUAAUGACUUGGCAGAGGCACGGGCCUCACUUUCAUUAACUUUAAUGAACAUCGGAAAUGGCUGUCAGUGGCAACAAAGCACAGUUUUCAUCAUUUCAUCCUGAGGAAGGGAGAGAAAAGAAAAUGUCCUUUCUUUCCUGCCCCCAAGAAUUGAAACAAAAUUAUCUUCAAGGGCAGAUGGCAAAAAAAAAAAAAAAAACACACAAAUGAUGAUUUGAUGAUGUGGGUGGGCACACUCCUCUGGUUUUUGUCAAGUUUUCGACCCUGUUCUUUUUCUGCUAAGUUAUUUUUCAGCAUGAACGAAAGAAUAGACAUUUGAUUGUUAAUUAGGAGCAGUUUCGACAUCACACAUACAGACCUUUUCAAUCUCAGAAAUCACCACAUAAAUUUCAAGCUUUGACACAAGCGUGUCACUUGCAAUUAACAGAUAUCUAGCAUGACAGGAGACAAACUUCUCUGAAAAAGGGGGAACAUAUGUUUUUGUCUAUAAAAGUUAAUAGACCAUAUGUGAAAACAGAAAUACUGAUGGCCCUAACAGCAUUUGCAAAAUGUAUCUGUUAAGUGGAUCAUAAAAGAACAAAACAAAAUUUUGCUUGAUACCCAGUUUUGCAAUAUCCAGCAUCAAAGGUCUGCCACUUGCACAGUUUAACAAUACAUUGUCAUUUUGGGGGGAUUUCCCCAACUCCAUUGUGAUAUGCCCUUUUCAUUACUCACUUAUAGUAUUGUGUGUAUGUGUGUGUGUGUGUGUGUGUGUGUGUGUGUGUGUGUGUGUGUGUGUGUGUGUCACUAUGUGAAUCAAAGAAGAUAGACACUCAAUGGUCGGAGACAAAAUGUCGGGCAUGGUGUCUCCUCCCAUCUCUGAAGUGGUAUUUCAUGCCUCCGUCUGUUUCCUCAUGGUCUUACUGUGUAAUCAUGGCAUCUUAUGAUCUCACGGGCUGAUGAGAGACUGAGUGUGUUUAUGUGAGCGUGUUAACCCAAGGCGGAAAGACGUUUCCAUGGCAGCCCAUGCUGUAAUGAAAACUGACAUGUAAAUGUUGGCUUUUGGAAUAAGGGGGGAGGGAGGUGGGGGGUUCCGAAAACUGGGAAGAACUUCAGAUGUUUUCCUCCAAAGAGUGGUAACUCAAUAUCUGACAUGAAUGGGCGCCUUUAUUUGAUAGAAGUUACAUAAACUUGUGUUGGUGAACUCAGUAAAUUUCAAAAUGGUCUCAUAUUUGGAAUUGAAUUUCAACACACCCGUUUAUUCCCCCUACCAGUUUGUAUCUCAUCUUACACAGUAUACUCUAAAGCUGGUAAACUAUGGGAAAAUGUGAAAUAAAAUAAAUUGAUGUAAGCUUUGGGCUCAUGAUUUCAACUCUACGCCAAAGAAGUAUUGGUUUGGCCUGAGGUGCACUGUCCAUCAUGUACAUAAUAAUGGCUAUAACUGAAAUGACCUACUGUGAAGUAUGGAAGACAAAAAGGCCAGUUGGUGGUCAUGAAUUAUGGACAUAACGUACUAUGCUGAAGUGUCUAUGAAAAAACACCUUUUGCACUGUGGACUUAAUACUGGUGAAUGGAGGGUUUCGUACAGGAUGUUAUUUAUUUCUUUGCUUUGCAGAAAACGUAGGCCUGUUGAUGAUAUCAUGUCUGUACUACCGUGUUGAGUGAAUGAAUAAAUCAGUUUCAGAUUUCUGUGAAACAUCCUGUGAA